AUGGCGAUCUUGUUCUCGCGCGAGCAAGAGCUGCUCAUCUCCGUUGUAUUUGUCUUUCUUGCUUUCCUCUACUUGUACUUCAGGUCUAGCAGUAGAUCACAUGGCCAGUCAGUGCUCCCCGCAGACUGGCCAGUAAUGCACAUGUUGCCUGGAGUCAUUGCCAACCUCCAUAAUGCACAUGACUAUUUCGCUGCUAUCCUUACUGAAGCAGGCCACAACUUCAGGGUACAUAUUCCCCAAAGGCACAUAUUUCUCACUUGUGACCCUGGGAACGUCCGGCACAUCUUCACAACCAACCACGCAAACUUCCCCAAGGGCCGCGAGUUUGCAGCCAUCUUUGACAUAAUGGAUGGAGGCAUCUUCACAGUCGACGGUGAGCAAUGGCGACGGCAGCGCACAAAAUUCCAGAGCGUGCUCAGCAGCCCAGGGUUGGUUUCCGGUAUGGCGGCAUGCUGCCGCGACAAGGUAGAGAAUGGCCUCCUCCCCUUCUUUACCCAUAUGGCAAGCACUGACACUCCAUUUGACAUGCAAGAAGUGAUUUCGAGGUUUGUGUUUGACUUGGCUGCCACGCCUCUCUUCGGCGUGGACCCUAGCCUCCUGUCCUCGGACAUGCCGUCCAUGGACGUUGCAGUUGCCAUGGACACGGUCAUGGAGGUAGGCUUUUUCCGGCAUGUCAUGCCAGCCACUUGUUGGAAAGCUAUGAGGAGGCUAAACAUCGGCCCAGAGAGAAAGCUUGAUGCGGCGCACAAGGUGAUACGAGGGUUCUUCAUGGAGAUGAUAGAGAAGAAAAAGAUCAAUGGAGAACGUGUUUGUAAUGACGGGGAGCAAGAGCAUGUGGAUGUUCUGUCCUCCUACAUCAAUGACCCAGACUACGCAGACGAUGACUUGCUCCGUGCGAAGCUCCUUAGCCUCAUGCUCGGUGGGAGGGACACAAUUGGCACCACCUUGCCAUGGAUCUUCUAUAUCCUUGCCAAGAACCCUAACAUCGUUUCAAUCAUACGCAAUGAACUCUCACCCAUUGCAUCACACAAAGUAGCCAUGGGUAAGAGUUCCAUGGUGAUCUUUGAGCCAGAGGAGACCAAACAUUUGGUCUAUCUAAAAGCUGCCCUGUACGAGACUCUCAGGUUGUACCCAUCAGCACCAAUUGAGCGCAAGACAGUGGCUACCGAUGAUAUCAUGCCGAGUGGCCAUGAGGUGCACACCGGCGAUACCAUCCUUAUUUCUCUCUACUCCAUGGCGAGAAUGGAGGGUGUGUGGGGUAAAGACUGUCGCGACUAUAACCCACAUAGGUGGCUCUCAGAAGAUGGUAACAAGUUGAUGUAUGUACCGUCUCACAAGUUCUUGUCCUUCAACUCAGGCCCAAGGAUGUGUCCUGGAAAGGACAUCGCUGUUGUGCAGAUGAAAACCGUUGUCGCGGCAGUGGUUUGGAACUUUGACAUGGAGGUGGUGGAAGGGCAGAGCAUCCAGCCCAAGCUGUCUUGUACACUACAGAUGAAAAAUGGGCUCACGAUGAUCCUGAAGAAGCGAGAAACAUAA